AUUAAAUUCGACAGAUUAUAAUAGUGAGUGUAGUCUGUAUUAUUUUUGUCUAUGGAUCGAUAUGUUCAACCAUCCUUUUUAACCAGUUAGACAGUUUGUUAAGCACAUUUUUGGAAGAACCAAAAUGCAGAUUUUCGUUAAGACCCUAACGGGUAAAACCAUUACCCUAGAGGUUGAGGCCUCUGACACCAUCGAGAAUGUAAAGGCCAAGAUCCAAGACAAGGAAGGUAUUCCACCAGAUCAGCAGCGAUUGAUUUUCGCUGGAAAACAAUUGGAAGAUGGUCGUACCUUAUCCGACUACAAUAUUCAAAAGGAAUCUACCUUGCAUCUUGUGUUGAGACUUAGAGGAGGUACCAUUGAGCCUUCCCUUCGUAUCUUGGCAAUGAAAUACAAUUGCGACAAAAUGAUUUGCCGUAAAUGCUACGCUCGUCUUCACCCGCGUGCUACCAACUGCCGCAAGACUAAGUGUGGACACACAAACAACCUCCGCCCCAAGAAGAAGCUUAAGGAUUAAAUUCUUAAUUACUCAUUGACUUUGCACACCAUCUGCUAUUGCUUAUUAAUUUGUAAAAACAAAUAAAAAGGGAAAAACCACAAAAA